AAUUUGCGUUUUGAUAUUUUUAGAUUCAAUGAAAAAGGAAAAAGAAAAUGGACUGGAGUAAAGAAAUACAACUUUAUUUAUCAGCAAUAUUUAUAAUAUUCAUUCAUUCUGUGGUAGCUCCUACACCACUGGCUUAUGUGCGAACAAGUGGAAAGCGAGAAAAGGGAUUAGGAAUCCAUCGGAUACCAGAAAGAGUAGAAGUUGCAGCCUGCAUGGGAAGAUGUCAACAAACCCCAUCAUGCAUCUGUGCCAGAAUUUCCAACACAGGAAGUGGCGUCUGUGAAGUUUUUACCAACCAGAGUAAUCCUAAUAUUCUAAAUCCUGAUGGUUUUGUCUACUAUGCAGCCGCUAAGUACAAGGAGACUUUGGAAACCGAGAGUCUGGCUUUAGCAAAGCCUUCCUACCAAAGCUCAACCUAUCGAUUAAAGAACGUGAAAUAUACAGCAGACAGGGCAAAUGACGGAAACAGAAAUGUCGAGGGCUUCCUUCAGCCAUACUUUGCCCACACGAUGGACGGAUCUGAUUCUGAACCCUGGCCAUGGUGGCAAGUUGAUAUGGAAGAAGAAUACGUCGUAACAGGAAUUUACAUUCUGAACCGAAGAAACUGGGCUUUCCGUUUACACGACAUUCAAGUUCGAGUUGGAAACGUGAAACUGAACAAGAAAUGGGAUGACAUUAUUUUUGAGGAAAAUUCAUUGUGUGGUGAACACGUAGGAGGUGGGAUAGGUGAUGCCGUUGUCAGUAAGUUCAUCUGCUUGCCAUGUCCACUCCAUGGUCGCUAUAUCAGUGUUCAGAUAGUGAAAUUCUGCGGUGAUUGUCCUGAGAAUGAAGCAAACGUUCUACAGUUAGCCGAGGUUGACGUUUAUGGAUUCAAGCAUAUUCCCUAGUGUUAACAUCGAUUUUUGUUGUUAAAUUUCAUUAAACUAUACUGUAUUUAAAUAAAAGUUAACGAAAAGUAAUGUUAAA